UUGUCCCUCCGGCGCAAUGCAUUGUGGGUAGGUCAGGAAGAGCCAGCGGAGGACGCCAUGUGCUUCUGCUAGAGGAGGUCUGACAGUCAGUCACACGCCGAGAGAGUUGUGUUUCGGGAACUGGUUGCUCGUCCUGUCGCGUUCACUUAAUCGGUUAGUCGUGCACUCGGGUCAUGAUGUUCUGCGGCAGAUACUGCGUCCGGUUCGCGCUGCGGACCGCAGCAAACACACACCGACACAACCUACAGACGGCAGCACUGUGUGCCCUGCGAACACUCAAGACCAGCUCUGUCAGUCCGUCUGAUGCCAUUGCAGCACCUCCUUUUGAUGGGGCGCCCAAGCAGUACUCUCCCAAAAUCCAGCAGCUGGUCAAUGACAUCGCCAGCCUCACGCUCAUAGAAGUGUCUGACCUCAAUGAGUUACUAAAGAAAACUCUGAACAUUCAGGAUGUUGGAAUGAUGUCCAUGGGCUCAAUGGCAGCAAUGGCAGCUGCUCCAGCUGCUGAGGCGGUAGAUGAGGAGACAGCACCUGCAAAGAAAGAGAAAACCCAUUUUACAGUCAAACUGACAGAAUUCAAGGCGGCUGAUAAAGUGAAACUGAUUAAAGAAGUGAAGAAUUGCAUGGAGGGCUUGAAUCUUGUACAGGCCAAGAAGCUUGUGGAGUCUCUACCUCAGGAGAUCCGGGCGAAUGUGUUUAAAGAUGAAGCAGAAAAACUGAAAGCAGCGCUUGAAGCAGCAGGAGGCACUGUGGCGCUUGAAUGAAUAUCUGCGCCGGCCCUUCACUUGAUCAGUUGUUACGUGUCAGUCAUCGUUUUGUUCUUUUUUUUACAAAAAAGAUAAGAGGAAUCGGAAGAAAACAAAUGAUGCCUUUAAAAUGACCACUUGAUCCUCAGGAGAUGGUCUGGGUGUUGAACUCACAGACUGAACUCUUGCAGGCUCUGAGCCUGCAAACACACCACCCAUCACUGACUCCUCCAUCUGUUCUUUAGCUACACAUGUGCUCUUUGAAACUGGAGCUGGCCUGACAAAGGGAUGUGAUACUAUUGCUUGUGGUUAAAUAAACAUGAUAUACUGUA